AUUAGCCAUUCACUCAUUAUUAGUGGUGGACUUUAUCUCACUUACAUCUCUUGUUUGCUUCACUUCGCCGCAAUUCAUCUUCAUCUUCAGCCGUCCGAUCAUUAGUCUCUCUUAGGGUUUAGUUCCUCUCAGAUUUCUCAAUAUUCGAUUUGAUUGCUGAUUCCGUUAUUCCUGUUGAUAUUUUAACAAUUAGAAAGCAAGUAGAAGGAGGAGAAAAGAAGCGGCACAGGUGAAAUGGAAUCGGAGGAUGAGUUCGAUAUGCACGACGCCAACAACGAAUCGGGCGAAGAAGACGAUUUCUACAGCGGCGGCGAUGACGACGACGACGGUGCUGAGCCCGUCGGUGCUUAUGACGAUUCGGAUGCGGUUGUUGCCGAUUACGAUUUCAUCGACAACGAUUCCGAUGAUUCCCACGAUCUCGUCUAUCACCGACACCAACAAAAUUAUACCAUUUUGAGUGAAGUAGAUAUUCGCCAGCAUCAAGAAGAUGAUAUCAUGAGGAUAUAUACUGUGCUCUCCAUCUCAAAGGUUGAAGCAAGCAUCCUUCUACGGUACUAUAGUUGGAGCGUCAGCAAAGUACACGAUGAAUGGUUUGCAGAUGAGGAGAAGGUUCGCAGGUCUGUUGGCUUAUUGGAGAAGCCUGUAGUUCCAUUUCUUGAUGGUAGAGAAAUGAUUUGUGGGAUAUGUUUCGAAAACUAUUCCUAUGAUAGUCUUCACGCUGCUGCAUGUGGUCAUCCUUUCUGUAAAUCUUGCUGGGCAGGUUAUAUUAGCACAGCCAUCAAUGAUGGUCCUGGAUGUUUGAUGUUGCGAUGUCCUGAUCCAUCCUGUGCUGCUGCUGUUGGUCAAGAUAUGAUUAGCGCAUUGGCUUCUGAAGAAGACAGAGAGAAGUACUUCCGUUAUUUCAUUAGAUCUUAUGUUGAAGACAAUAGGAAGACCAAAUGGUGUCCUGCACCAGGGUGUGAUUAUGCUGUGGAAUUUAUUUUGGGCAGUGGAAGUUAUGAUGUUACAUGUCACUGCUCAUAUAGCUUUUGUUGGAAUUGCGCUGAGGAAGCUCACCGUCCUGUUGAUUGUGGCACUGUAGGCAAGUGGAUACUAAAAAAUAGUGCAGAGUCUGAAAAUAUGAAUUGGAUAUUGGCUAAUUCCAAGCCUUGUCCAAAAUGCAAGCGUCCAAUUGAGAAGAACCAGGGGUGCAUGCAUAUUACAUGCACACCACCUUGUAAAUUUGAAUUUUGCUGGCUUUGCCUUGGUGCAUGGUCAGAUCAUGGUGAGAGAACUGGUGGGUUUUAUGCCUGCAACCGUUAUGAGACAGCAAAGCAAGAUGGUGUGUACGACGAGGCUGAGAAACGAAGAGAGAUGGCUAAAAAUUCUCUGGAGAGAUAUACUCAUUAUUAUGAACGAUGGGCAACAAACCAAUCGUCUAGGCAAAAGGCACUAGCAGAUCUACAGCAAAUGCAAUCUGUGCAUCUGGAGAAGCUGAGUGACAUACAAUGCCAACCUGAGUCGCAGCUGAAGUUCAUCACUGAGGCAUGGCUACAGGUAAUUUGUCUUGCAGGUGAGGCUGAGUCUGGGUUAGAACGACUUCAUCAAUGUGCAGAAAAGGAGCUGCAGGUUUACCUCAAUGCAGAGGGGCCGUCAAAAGAUUUUAACGAGUUUCGGACAAAACUUGCUGGGUUAACGAGUGUGACACGGAAUUACUUCGAGAAUUUAGUUCGAGCUCUAGAAAAUGGUCUAUCAGAUGUGGACUCCCGUGGAGCCUGCAGCAGGAUGGGCAGCUCGAAGGGCAUGGGAGGCGGUAGCAGUACGGGAAGAAGUGGAAAGGGCAAGGGCUCAGCCUCUAGGCCCAGCUGCUCCAGCAGAAAUAUCGACGACUCUGGCCAUUGGUCCUGUGAAUAUUGCACCUUCGCAAAUGUCAAGUCGGCAACCAUUUGCCUAAUGUGCCAGCAGCGUCGAUAAAUUUCAUUGGCUAUUACCGGAUCCAAGCCGGCCUUGCCUCUUGAUUCCAUGGCAUAGGACUUUAGAGGAUUGCCAAAGGGCGAGCAAAAAAAGUUUAUUCCACUUCUCUUUUCAUCUCUUAAAUCAAAUUUGCCGUGAUACAACGCCUGAGAAACUGAUAUCGAGCGAAGGGGUAUGUUUAUGUUAAGUAAAUUGUGUAUAGUCAUACGUGUAGGUCCGAAAACCCUUCGACUUGCUUCCAUCGGAGUCUUUCCAAUAUAUUCCAAUACGUGUAGGACCGCAAUGAAAAUGGACGAUAGGCUGAGCUGUGACCAUCUGCAGUGAUAAAUAAUUUGUUGUUGUAAUCUUUCUAAUUACACGGGGGCACUAAAUUUAUUACCCGCUUGUAUUGUUGUAUGUAUAAUUCGGUCAGAUGUUUCCAUUAAUACUUGUAGAUCGGUUGUCGGUGGUGUUGAAUAUCGAGUGGUUUUUUCUUCGAUUA